AUGGCUCGAAAUUUGGAACCCCACAAGCAGACUUCGCGACCAGAUCUUAUACCUGACGAGUUUCUUGCAUCUACACCUCCUCAGCCUCUCAAGAUCAAGCACAUCGACUUCGCAUCAUCUGCUUUACCUGAAAAUGCUGAAUGCCUUGCCCUCACCAUUGACAACAUUCUCUCCAAGGCAGAGUGCGACCAGCUGGUCUCUUUGGCGGAAGCGAGCGUUUUAAACAUAAAAGAAGACGAAACGCCAUGGAAGCCUGCAACAAUAAAAAUUGGCCACGGGAUUCAGGCUACGGUGCGAGACUAUCGACACUGUGAUCGGAUCGAAUGGGAUGAGCAGUCGAUAGUGGACCGCAUAUGGGACCGAUGUGCACAGGCUCCUGGAUUAAAAGAGCUCUUGGCCGAGGUAGUCCCUGAGGGUAGCUUCGACGGUGAGAAAUGGGAGUUUCGUCGUUUGAACCAACGUAUGCGCUUCCUCCGCACACUGCGACAACCCGAUCUGGUACAAACAUAA